AUGGCUUUCGACGAGUUGAACGACAAAAUCACACCUGCCAACCCCAGCCGGGAAACAUCACCAAACCGCGGCUCCUCCGUCCAUCAAUCCAUCGCCAUACCCAAGCCCUGCAAACCACUCCGACAAUGGCAGCAGGAACAAAACAUCGACCGCGAUGCCCAAAUCAAACUCACGAAACUAGUGCACAUGCGCUACCAACACCCUGACCUAGACGAAAUAACCACCUUUCUCCGUGACUUCGGCAUGAGCGUAGCCCAAAAAGCCCCAGGCAAGAAAUGGUUCAAAGGCUAUGGCUCAGAUCAAUACGUCUACUACGCACAAGAAGGAGAAAAGAAGUUCCUCGGCGGCUGUUUCGAAGUGGAAAGCUACGCCGAGCUAGAAAAAGCGUCGAAAGUCGCGGGUGCUGGUCCUAUCGAGGAGUUGACCGACGCACCAGGCGGCGGCCACAUGAUCACAUUGCACGACCCAGAAGGCUUCCCCAUAAACCUAAUCCACGGCCAGACCAAAAAGGACCCAGGCCCAUUUCCCGAAGUCCUAACAACAAACUACGAAAAUGAAAAGCCCCGCAUCGCACGAUUCCAACGCUUCAAACCCGGUCCCGCCGCCGUACACAAACUCGGCCACUACGGCCUAUGCGUCCAAAACUUCCAAUCCGAAAUGCAAUGGUACACCCGCACCUUCAACAUCGUGCCCACCGAUUUCCUCUACAUAAACCCCAAUCCCUCCAACCCCUCCCUCCCCCAACAAAAAGACGUAGCCAUCUUCGCGCACCUCGACCUCGGUCCCGGCUACACAGACCACCACACCAUUUUCCUCUCCAGCAACCCCACUUCCCAUUUUCGAAGUCCACGACUUUGA